CCCCCUCCCCCUCCCCUGUUAGCCUACCACUCACCGAGAACAACCCCCCCUCCACAGCCUCACCCUCGAAACUGCCCUCCCUCCCAUCCCCACACUCGAACAGCCACGUAUCCCCACCCACACCCUCGAAAUCGCCUCAAAGCCACCGCCUCGCCCUUAAAACUAUCUCAAAAUCAUCGCCCUACCCUUGAAACCGCCUUAAAACAACCACUCUGCCCUCGAAAUCGCCUCCCAAACCAAUUUCCCUCACUUACUGGAAAAUUGAGAGAGAUUAAAACCUUUUCAACCACCUGCCGAAAAAGAAAGAGAGAUCGAAACCUUAUCCCCUACCAACCGAAAUAGAAAGAGAAAGCUUGCGUGAAGGGGAGGGGGGGUGUCGAAAUCUGGGUAGGGAAGGGAGGGGGUCCAGAAUCGGGGACGGGGUAGGGAGACCGGAAUCGAGGAUGGAGAGGGGAGGGGGCCGUAAACGCGGAUGAGGACGAGACGGGGGAAAAGAGGGGGCCCCACGCUGGUGGUUUCCGAUUAGGGGGGCUAUUUUAAAAAAUGGAAAAUUGAUAUAAAAAAAAAAGACUAAUCACAUUGUGACACAUGUCACAAGUAACCUAUUAAACAGGUUACCAACAGGUCACGUUCUAUUUAUAGAAGAUGUGUGUCAAAGAUCGUGUUAUUUUGAGAUAAUUUAAAGGUGGUUCUAUUAUUGGAAUACCGAUGAAAGGUGAUAUUAUUCUUGGCAAAUUUUCCAAAAAUCUAACAAUAGAGGUUAGAAAAACCCUCUAAAGGGAGAAACCCUUUCAAAUCCCUAUCUUUUCUAAUUGUUUUGUAACACCUCAACUACCCUCACUUAUUUGUAUCAUAAAGUUAAUUAAUUGACCUAAAAUUAUAUGCCGGUAAAAGUGUAGCUUUUUUAUUUUUUUAAAAAAGGGGUCUUCAAAAACAAAAGAGAGAAAAUAUAUACUCUGUACAAUAGUAAAUUGUUAGAGGACAACUCAACUAGAUGCGUAUACGCUAUUGCGCCUUUUCACAUUAGAGCCUAUUAAGCUAGAAAUGUGGACGCAGCUUGGGCCCCAUCAUAUCCGACGUGUGGAGGAGAUUCGAAGCCGUGGUAUUUGUUUAUGUUGGUUCUAAUACCAUAUUAGAUGAUCAACUCAGUAAAAAAUGUAAGCAAAUGGUUGAACCAUUGAAUCGGUUUGUAUACUCUAUUUAUAUUACUUCCUCCGUUUUUAUUUUAUUGCACCAUUAGGACUUUUACACUAUUCACUUAAUAUUCUUUGACCAUCAUUUGUAAUUUAUCCAUUCGGAAAAAUAUAGUCAUGUGUGAUCUAGUUAUUCGUCUCGAAAGCUUCUUUUCAAAUAUCAAUUUUUUAUAAUUUUUAUAAAAGUAUAAUUGAAGGUGUUAAUAAGUAAAACAAUGCAUUGACAAGCCUGAAAUCCCGUGCAAUAAAAAAAGAACGGAGGAAGUAUAAUAAAUGGCAGAAAGGAGAGUUCUGGAAUAGUAGUAAUUAUGAAGAAAGUUUAAAUGGAGGAAUUGGAAAAUUAUGGGAAUUUGCAAAUGGAUGAGUUGUUUGGUUUACAAUAAAAAGUGUAAAUGAGGGAAUUGCAAAUUCAUGGGAAUUGUGACCUUCCCACAAAACAUGAAGUUAAUUACCUAUCCUCCAGGUAACUCAAAAUCUCCAUGAUUUGCAACUUCUUUUAUCCCAACCAAACAAGUUAAGACAUUUGUUAGGUAUUUAAUUUCCGUGGAAAGUAAAUUUCCUUAUCAAACAAACAACACCUACAAAAACAGUGAAAGCAAAGAUACAAGGCAUAAAGUUAGGGACCAGUGAGGUUAGUGAGAGUACCUCAUCCGUUACGAGUCCCAAAUCAUCAGAUACAACUUACAAAGACGACACUCAGACGCAAAUGAAGUAAAUGUUUUGAAACUUACUUUUUCCAAACCUUUCUUUUCGCUUCCAAUCCAAAAUUAUGCAAGAUUACAACUUACUUCAAUCAUCCCUUUUUUCUUUUGUAGUAUACUCAUUUUUAAUAAUGAUCACAAAAUAUUAUAUGCAUUAUAGGAGUAAUAAGCACUUUUUCCUUCUCUUCUUUUUCCGCGAAAUCUCUGCUUCUUAGCCUGCUUUUAGACAUUUACCACACUUUCUGAUUCUAGAUACUCUUCUCAUUCUAUGCAUUUUUGUAAAAGUAUGAGGUGACAAUAAAUGUAUACAAUAAUUGAUUAUUAAUUAAGAUGAAUCAAAUAAGACUAAAUGGGAAGAACAAAAAGGUUUGAAAGAAAUACAAGUACGAGUAUUAAAUAUACAGUAUACUCCAAAUCUAAAUUAUUCAGUGUUAAAGUUGCAUGAUAAUGUAAUUGACAUUAGAAAUAUGGAGCAAUUUCUUUUCUUGGGCUGCUAAAUAUCUGAAAUCAAAAAUAAAAAGAAUUGUCACUUUGUCAGUAAAUGCUCCCUUCACAAUCUGAGCUGAAGCAUAAAAUUAAAACUCUACUCGCCAAGGAACGUAUAUAUUCUCUUAAAUACUAGUGAGUACUUACCUUAUGAAGAGGGGGUUUUGUGCUUUACCAAUACCAGUUGGCAGUAGUAGUAGUUGUUCCUUUAUAUAUCUAUGUUCUUGUCUUUCUCUUAAUUAAUAAUUCUUCUACUUAAAUAGUUGGUUGUACUGUGAGCUGUUGCAAAUCAGUCAACUAAAGAUAAAAGAAGAAAAAAAGGGAAGAUUAAUUGUUGAUGGAAAUGAGUAAAGAGGUAAGAGUGUUGUUAGUAAUGAUGGUAGCAGCCAUUUUGUUAGGCUGCAGCUGCAGAUGCAGUGUGAAUGCAGGAAACAUUGAAAAGGAAAAAUCGGCAGUGGGGGAUCCAGGAAUGAAGAGGGACGGACUGAGGGUUGCCUUUGAGGCCUGGAACUUCUGCAAUGAAGUUGGUCAUGAAGCCCCUGCCAUGGGUAGCCCUCGAGCGGCCGACUGCUUUAAUUUCAUCCCCAAAGCUUCUAUCAGCAACAAAAUCCAAAGUGGAGGAAGUAAUAGGUCCUUUGAAAUUCAGCACAAAGUGACAGAAGCACAUAACAAGCUUGGGGUGGGAAUGCCUUUUCCAGGGUUGACAGCAGAAGCUCUGACUAAUGCAGAUCUGUAUGCAGCCCAAAAGGAGCUAUAUUUGGGAAGCUUAUGCGAGGUUAAAGCCGAGGCCGAAGCCCCGUGGCAAUUCUGGAUGGUUAUGCUGAAGAAUGGCAACUUUGACGGUAAUUCAGGUCUAUGUCCACAGAAUGGGAAAAAGGUUGGUCCAUUUUAUACACCUCCAGGCAGGUUCCCUUGCUUUGGAGCUGGGUGCAUGGACCAACCUUCCUUUCACCAUAACCCAACCUCAUCUCAUGCUAAUGACUCUGAUAUAGCCACCAUGACGGGUGGCUUCCGGGGUACCUAUGACUUAGAUUCCGAUAUCAGCAAUGUCGUGGACGUGGGCGUGGGAGUCUCUUUUUAUGAAGUUACUUGGAAGAAGCAACCUGGACAGGGGAGCUGGUCUUUCAAACAUAAGCUUAAAACUUCCAAAAAGUAUCCGUGGCUUAUGCUGUACCUCAGGGCUGAUGCAACUCAAGGAUAUUCUGGAGGUUAUCACUAUGACACCAGAGGAAUGCUCAAAACUCUUCCAGUAUCCCCAAACUUUAAAGUGAAAAUGCAUUUGGAUAUAAAGCAAGGCGGAGGAGCAAAGAGGCAAUUCUACUUGAUUGAUAUCGGAAGCUGCUGGAAAAACAACGGAAAACCAUGCAAUGGGGAUGUGCUCACUGAUGUUACUAGAUAUAGUGAGAUGAUCAUUAACCCUGAAACCCCCGCGUGGUGCAGCCCUACUAGCAUCAAGUCCUGUCCACCCUACCACUUUACUCCCAACAACACCAAGAUUCCCAGGAAUGACACUACCCACUUUCCCUAUGGCGCCUACCAUUACUAUUGUCGACCUGGGAAUGCUGAGAACCCUGAGCAACCAUCUGACUCAUGUGACCCUUACAGCAAUCCUCAGUCACAAGAGAUACUCCAGUUGCUGCCUCAUCCUAUUUGGGCUGAAUAUGGAUAUCCUACCAAGCCAGGCCAAGGAUGGGUUGGCGAUCCUACUACUUGGGUGUUGGAUGUUGGCGGCCUUUCUAGUAGGCUCUACUUCUACCAGGACCCUGGUACACCUCCAGCUAAAAGAGUAUGGACUUCAAUUGAUAUGGGUACUGAAAUUUUUGUCAGUGACAAAGAGGAGGUGGCAGAAUGGACAGUCAGUGACUUUGAUGUCAUUAUCACUUGAUAAGCAGGAGCUAGGAAAUCUGCUUCUAAGGCUUUGUGCGAUGGUAGCGCAGGGUGUAGAGUGAAAAUACCGUAGGUAAUAUAUUAAGUCCAUAAAGGGCAGGGUAUAGCCGUCAUUUGACACAUGAAUCUACUGUGAUCUGUGGCCAUGCCUUUAAUUGUAAAAUUGACAGAAAUGUGACUUGUUUCUCUACUGUGAGCUUUUCUUCAAUCUAAAAGGAGAUCUAGCAUCUGCUCUUUUAUUCAAAUAUA